GCGUUCGCGGCCGCGAUUGAUGAGUUCCAAAUUAUCCCCUCGAGUGGCGCGUACGAACUUCAACCGCGGGCGCGAGGAACGGCGGCUCGCCGCAAGGCCUAGUUACGACCGCGAGCCUCGGUCUCGCCUGAGCCGCCUACCAAAUUCCGGGGGGGCGGCGCGGCCCCGUGGGGCGGAGGGUAGCGAGCCCAUUCCCCUGUUUCAAAUUGGCCGCCUUUUCGCGGCUGCUGAAUGAGUCCAAUUGUUUUAGUUUCUUAAUUGUAGUAACACACCAAUGAAUCACCCUAAUUCGGGACCGAAACCUCAUCUGGAGAGUUGAAUGAAGUCGGUAAUUCCUCAACGAGUCUCGACACGAUUUCAAUGAGGGUUUUGAAUUGGGUUGUUUGGUUGCUUCGGAUGAGAUUUAUUUCAUGUACAAAACAACUGAAGUACGUGAAGACAACUUGGUGCGCAUACGAGAUAACGCGCAAACGUUUGCAGACACAUCAUUACAAACACACGCCUAGUCGCAAGACGUCAUUCUAAAGCACUGCGUGACUAAAACAUCUACCGAUCUUAAUUGGCCUAUACCCAAGAAAAUGUCAAAAAUGUCCAAUGUUCGAGUUAAGGUGGAAAAAGACGGGGAGCCUUCAGCUGCACGAAACAAGCUGGAUGCAGUGCUGCAGUUCCUUGUAGAGAAAAAUGACCAGGAAAGAGAACAAGAAGAAGGUGAACAUAGACUGGGUCAGAAUGAAUUCAACACCAAGGACACGUCACCUACUGGCAUCAAACGAAGCACAAGAUUCCCCCAUCAAAAACGGAAGAGGAGAAAGGAUAUGGAUGAUUUCAUUUCAGAAAACAGCCAUCCAAAACAGAACACGUACGUGAUGAAGUUGUUUGACCGGAGUGUGGACCUUGCUCGGUUCAACGAGACGACGCCCCUCUAUCCCAUCUGCCGUGCGUGGAUGAGCAACAACCCCGGGCACAAGGAUGAUGGCACUGGCCUCACCACCAUCACCGAUUCCACCGAAAACGACAAUACAGGCGUGACAGAAUUCCUGAACGGGGAAUGUGUGGAAGUGUUACGACUGCCUCCACCCACUCCAGCACCAACAAAUGAAAAUGGAAUUCACAUCAACUUACGCAUCCCUUCCCCCAUUCCUCAACCGGAUGAACACCUUAACAUCCGCAUGCCGGAAGAAAUGGCACCACCAAAUCCCAUUCUGCUGUACAACCACAUGGAACGAUGGAAGAAGAUCCGGCAAAAGUGGAGAGUGGCCUCCCACCACAACCAGAUGCGUUAUGCGGAAAGCAUGAAGAUACUAAAAGAGAUGUUUGACCGACAAUGAUGAUUCUUUUAAUUGUAAAUUGCAUUAUUGCAUUUUAUACAUCUACAAUCAACUGUAUAAAAAUGUCUUUAUAUACAUGCUAAUGUAUACAUCUGCUUCUGUAACAUAUUUUUCAUGUAAUAUUAUUUUUUUGAAUGUUAAGUUGACCCAAAUAAACCAUUUACAUUUUU